AUGUCACGGACGCAGACACCGGACAGCUCUUCCCCAGGAGACGGGGCGGAGGGCCAGGAAACGCUGGUGCGGACUCGGUGCGGCUCCAAGGAGGCAGAUGCUUGCUCUGUGCCUAUUUCUGAGAUCAUCACCGUAGAAGAAACAGACACUCACGGGAAACGCUCCAGCAGCGGAAAAUGGCAGAAGAUGGAAAAGCCCUUCGCUUUCACAGUGCACUGUGUGAAGAGAGCCCGCCGCCGCCGCUGGAAGUGGGCGCAGGUCACCUUCUGCUGUGCCGAGGAGCCUCUGUGUCACCUGUGGCUGCAGGCCCUCCAGGAGCUGCUGGCGAAGCUCACAUCGAGACCAAAGCAUUUACUGGUGUUUAUUAAUCCGUUCGGAGGGAAAGGACAAGGCAAGCGGAUCUACGAAAGGAAAGUGGCACCGUUGUUUACAUUAGCCUCCAUCACCACCGAAAUAAUUGUUACUGAACGAGCAAACCAGGCCAAGGAGAGUUUAUAUGAGAUCAACAUAGACAAAUACGACGGAAUCGUCUGCGUCGGUGGAGACGGCAUGUUCAGCGAGAUCUUGCACGGCCUGGUUGGCAGGACGCAGCGGAACGCUGGCGUGGACCAGAACCAGCCCAGGGCAGCGCUGGUGCCCAGCCCGCUCAGGAUUGGCAUCAUCCCUGCAGGAAGUGCCUAG